AUGAAUGUACCACAGACGGGUAUAUAUGUGGAGACAACGGUUCUGGAGAUUGUCAAAAUUCUAAUGGGAGUUACAACUGUAACUGCAAAUCUGGACUUUAAUGAAUGCGAAAACGAUACCUACACGUGUGAUGGAGAUUGUAAAAACUCGCAAGGAGGAUGGGACUGUAAUUGCAAGCACGGCUAUAUUAAAAACACCAGCCAUGACGGUCUUCAUAAGUUCUGCAUUGAUAUUGACGAAUGCCACAACAAUACAUAUACAUGCAUAGACAACACCGAUUGUAUCAAUACAGAAGGAGGUUGGCAGUGUCUCUGUGAGGGAAAACGUGUCAGUAAACAAGUUAAUAACACAGCGUUUGAAUGCCUACCGGAUUUCCAAUACAUAGCUACAGUUGUUGUCAAAAUAUAUCCUGAAAUCGAAACUGAAAUAUCUGAACUGGGACUUUUUAUUUCGAAUGGAAUUCGUCAAAUAUUUAUGCAGUCAGAUGAUCUUAACUCGCAAAUAGUCUUGCCAGUUGAAAUAACCAAUAAUUCAAAGAGAGAGUUGACUGACAGAAUGUCGACUGAAAACUUUGAAACAGCAGUGACAUUUAUUUUACAUUUAACGAAACAAUCGAACAAAGCAACGCUUAAGGAAAUUUGGGCUUCUAUUUGGGAGUCAGAAAUGACGUUUUUUUUUAUUACAACAAACGUCACAUCAACUGUUAUAAUGAUAAGUGGGGAGUUGGACGAGGAUGCAGCGGAGACAAAAGGUUUAUGCUCGAUUCCAUCUGUGAACUAUUGCAAUGCGACCCGCUCUGUUUGUGCUGAUUCCAAUGGACAGAUUCAGUGCAAUUGCCGCGCCGGAUAUCACAAGGAGACAUCGAAAAAUAAGACGUGUGUGCCUAAGGAGGACAAAAAAGAGGAGGUGGCGCUUGUGUCAACUGUUAGUUUUAGCAUAAACACUACUGGCAAGGAUAACACAUGGGUGAAAACUGAAGUAAAAAUAAAGAUAACACAGGUUUACACAAAGAUGUUCCCUAACGUCAUUUUUUGGAUAGAAGUCAUCAGUAUUUUCAAUCCCUCUAGUCAUGGGCGUAAACGGUAA